CAUUAAAACGAAAAUAGGUUUAAACAAAAUGGCAACGCCAUGUGCAAGCCUCAUGGACGAGGCAGAUGCUGCAAAUCAAGAUCCAAUUAGUAUAGCAGGGGAAAUAGUUAAAAAGAAGACUACAUUGUGCAAAUGUUGACUUGCUCAUUUUCUUGAAGAAAAACCUUGAAAGAUGAAUCAUUAAUUGACUUACAUUUGAGUUGCUGAAAUGAGUGAGGUAGCAGUUUUGACACGGCACCUCUACAAAAGCUAUGGGAAGGGCAAGUCAAAGCUAGAGGUCCUAAAGGACCUUGAUAUGACAGUGACAAGAGGAACAAUAUAUGGACUUCUGGGGCCUAGUGGAUGUGGAAAAACAACAUUGCUGAGAUGCAUUGUUGGAAGAUUACAAGUAGAUUCUGGAAAUGUAAUUGUCCUUGGCAACAGACCAGGAGCUAGGGGACACGAGGUUCCAGGAAGUUUAGUGGGAUACAUGCCUCAAGAAAUUGCAUUGUUCAACAAGAUGACCAUAGAAGAAACUUUAUCUUACUUUGGGAGGAUUCACAGAAUGUCAAGAAGUAAAAGAAAGAGUAGAAUGGAAUUCCUCCUACAGUUCUUAACACUUCCUGAAGCUGACAGGCUAGUGGAAAAUUUAAGUGGAGGUCAGAAGAGGCGAGUGUCCUUAGCAGUAGCUUUACUACAGGAACCUGAGUUACUGAUAUUGGAUGAGCCAACAGUCGGGGUGGAUCCCAUUCUGAGAGAGAGAAUAUGGGAACAUUUACUUCGAAUCACUAGGCAACUGAAUUCCAGAACAGCUAUCAUCAUAACCACACAUUACAUUGAGGAAGCUAGACAAGCUGAUAAGGUUGGCUUAAUGAGAAAUGGAAGACUUUUAGCAGAAGAUGCACCAAAUAAUUUGAUGAAUCUGUAUAAAGAGGAUAGUUUGGAAACUAUAUUCCUGAAAUUAUGCCAUGCAGAUCAAAACACUUACAAUCUGAAUCCCAAGGGUGAGAAUCAAAAACCAAAGAAACCUACCAUGAAGAUGGUAAACUCUGCACAUGAUCCAGCAGGGGAGACAACUCCAUUGUUGCAGCAAGAUUGGGAGGAUAUAGAUGCUUUUGUGCAGACACCCCCACAGAAAUGCCAUUGUCUGUUUGGAUUACCGUCUCCAAGAAACAUAUUUGCUCAAUUCCUUAAGAAUAUCACAUUUAUGAAGAGGAAUAUUGGGUUUCUUCUGUUCCAGUUUAUUCUGCCAUCAAUACAAAUCAUUCUAUUUUGUGUCUGCAUUGGCAAUGCUCCAUACGGGUUAAAGAUGGCCAUAGUGAACAAUGAGACCCAAGGCUUAGGCCAGCUGUUUAUUAGAGAGCUGGACAACGAAACAAUUGAUAAGGUUAUAUACAAAGACAUGAAUGCUGCGUUAGAAUCGGUGAGACAUGGAGAAACCUGGGGAGUGAUUGGAAUAGGGCAGAAUUUCACUCAAGACUUGUUUCAAAGGUUUACCAAUAUAUCUGGUGUAGAUAACCAGACAUUAGACGGAAGCUCAGUACAGCUGUACCUAGACACAACAAAUCAGCAGAUUACCUUACAGCUCCAAGAAACCAUAACUAGUUCAUUCCAAGCAUUUUCAGAAAUAUUACUGAAAACUUUUAACCUCAACCCAAAUCUAGGGCAGCUGCCAAUAAAGGUGAAUGACCCUAUAUAUGGCAGCAAGGAUCCUAAUUUCAGGAAUUUUAUAGCACCUGGAAUAAUACUCAGCAUCACGUUUUUCAUGGCGACGGGUCUAACGACUUUAUCGUUUGUGAUAGAGAAGAAGGAAGGUCUCCUGGAUCGGAGCCUGACCGCGGGCGUUUCUGCCUUCGAGAUUCUCCUGGCCCACGUCUUCACCCAGCUGUUUGUCCUGAUUGUACAGGUGACCCUGGUCAUGGUAUUUGCUCUGGCAGUCUUUGAGGUGCCUUACAAGGGCCCCCUGAUCUGGGUAAUUUUACUGGUGCUGGGUCAAGGAUUCUGUGGAAUGACCUUAGGUGUGAUAUUCUCAGCUGUCUGCGAGGAAGAGAGCUCAGCUAUCCAGCUAGCCCUUGGGUCUGUGUACCCUAUGCUCAUACUCAGUGGCAUAAUAUGGCCCCUUGAGGCUAUACCAGAGUGGUUACGAUAUGUAAGUAUAUGUCUGCCUCAGACGUAUGCUGCAGAAGCCAUGAGAUGUGUCCUUAGUAGAGGUUGGACAUUGCUGGACAUGCCAGUUUGGAGGGGUUACCUAGUCAACACAGCUUGGAGUUUCGGUCUUUUGGCACUGGCUGGAAUCAUUCUUAAAAUCAAGAGUUAGACCAGCAUUAGACAUUGAAUGAAAACAAAAGAACAAUUUAAUUUCCAUUAAAUUGACCAAUCCACAUUGAUCAUUUGACCAUCUCUCAUCAACUUCCAGGAACCCUAAAUUUGUGACCAGUUUGUUUGUAACAAAGAAUGACUGGGCUCCCAUCCAGUGAGAUGGUAGCAAUUUCUAGCCCUAAUUGGGCUAGCACACUUUCUAGCACCAACUUGGUAACAUUUAUCACCAAUUCACCAGUAUAUUUAUUGACAACAAUCAAGAAUUAUCAAGAUGGACUGUUCACCACCUAGUAAUUUAUUUUUUAUAAAGUUUUAAGAAUAUGUAUCCAGGUAGGGCUUGUUUUUCCAUGCCUGUUACUAACAUUCCUAGUUGUUGUCUUUCCUAUCACCUGUGUUACAUUAAAGGCUUAGAGAAGUGGGCUUCUUUUUUUUUUAUUUCACCUCUGGUCUCUUGUACACUUUUGUUUUAAGAAGUCUUUCAUGUUAUUUGUAUAUUUUUUAUUGUUUGCUUGUUGUGAAAAGAUGCUUGAUGAAAGUGAUUGACAAUCCAUUGUGAAAAGAGAUGUAGCUUAUACAAUACAAGUUUUGCAUACUAAGUUUCAUAGUUGCUUGACCAGUUGAUGGCAUGUAUAUCAACGUUCAGUAUUAAUUAACAAAUUGAAAACAAAUGGGUUGUUUUCAAAAUUAAGAGUGCUUUAAUUAUUAAGUUUUUUUUUUUUGCUGUACACAUCUUGAUUUUGAAUGUUGUUUAUUAUUUUUCUUUCGGUUCAUGAAAUGGGCCAUCUCAGGAAACUUUGUUGAUAAUUUAUAGUACCAGCAGGUACGUAAACAUCUGUACUAUCAAAGGUUAGGUAUGAUGGAUUCUGUUAAUACUGAAAUACCAGUAUGUAUUAUAAUAAAUGGUCCAAAACUUAUUUUGAAUUUUGAGUAUACAUGAAAAAAAUUGAUAUCUUUAAAAUUUCAUUUUUAAAGUGGUUUGAAUAUGCAACUUGCAUCCAUGAUAAUGUACCAUAUGCUGUUUAAUACAUGCAUGUAUUUCAUGUAAAUUGUAAAAUGCAAAAUUAUUUGCGUACCAGUUACUGGUAAUCAGAAUCAUAUGAUAAAAAUGUGAUAUUAACAAAUUGAUACGUAUUACUAAAUUUUUGCUCACCUUUGUGAAUUUAACAUUUUUUUAUGUCUGUUGAUUAAUAUUCUUUAUAUUUUUUAAACCCCUGCUCCAAAGAAGAGGGAGGUAUAUUGUUUUACCCUUGUCCAUCUGUCUGUCUUUCUGUUCACAUCUAAAAUUUCUGUCGCAUUUUUCUCAGCAACUUUUGAUCACCGAUGCUGGAAAUUUAACACACUUUUUGUUUAGGCAUGCCAUUUUUGUUCCAAUCAAAGGUCAAUUUCCUGUUAAAUGACGAAUUUGUUUACUUUUAGCCUAAAAUUUUAAACAAAAUUCUGUCAAAGAUUUCUCAGCAACUACAUGUAUUUAUUGCACAUAUUUGAAACUUUAACACACUCUUUGUUAAGCAUACCAUAUGAUGGGAUCCAUUUUUGUACCAAUUGGAUAUCAAAUUUCUGUAAAAUGACAACUUUUUUUUUCCAGCCUAAAUAUUCAGACUUUUUAUCAAAAUUUUCUCAGCAACUAUUCAUCGCAGAUGUUUGAAAUUGUAACACUCUUUAUUUAGGGAUGCUAUUUGGGUGGAUCUAUUAUUGCAUCAAUUGGAAGUCAACUUCCUGUUAAAUGAUGACUCAGCUUAUUUUGUAUAUUUACAUCAGAACAGGGGUAUUUCUAGUGAGCAUUGGCUCACAUAUCUCUUAUUUUUUCUGUACUAAAAUGUAUCAUAAUUCUUUUCAUUUUAAUAUGUGGACACUUGUCAAUAUUUGUUAAAUUAAUUUAUUUGAAACUCAUGCAAUUACCAAUAGAAAUAAAUGGAGCAAAAAAUUCUGCUUUAUUUUAUAACAAACCAUGAAGAUAAGGGGAAAAAAAAAACUGAAAAUUGCAAGAUGUUUUGGCCUAUGAAAGCCAAUAUGGCAUUCAUUUGCUGAAACUGAUUUUUAUUAGGAUUAAUCUUAUCCAAAAGAAAAUACAAAAUAUUAAUUCCUGAUAAAUAUGUAACGAGGUAUGUUUUUUUUUUUAACCCAUCAGCCGGUCUAGUUUAUUUGUGAGCAUAAGUCCUCUUAAACCUCUGCACAGAUUUUGAGUUUGAAGGUAUUUAGAACACACAAUGUUUAGUUGUGCACUUUACCAAGAAAUUCCAAUUCAAUUAUUUUUCAAGAAUUUGUGCUCUUUAGAACACAGAAUUUUGGCCAUACUAAUAUUUUGAAUAUAGGUAGUAAUGAAAAGUUUGAAAGCAAAACUCCUCCUUAAUUGGUGCACAGAAUGUUGUUAAUUUUUUUUGGUUAUUUAGGACACAAUGAGUAGGUGUCCAUAUUUCAUGGAAAUUUCAGAAUUAAGUUUUGAUUUUCUUGCUGGAACUUUUGAUCUAAUGAAUAUUUGUGAGUUAAAUGCCCUUAAUCAAAUUAUUUGGCAUAUUUAAUGCAUACCUUGGCAUUCAUUAUGUGUUGAAUUGGGGAGUUGGAGGUUUGUGAGAGGGGUAAGGGGCGCAGUCACAAUUUAACCAACAAUAAAGUUUAAACUUAUGCUAAAGGAUGCUUCUUUUUUGGUGCUCCUGUGCAGAAGAUCUCAACUGAAGACCUGUCAAAUAUAUCAGCAUGUCAUACAUCUUUUUAUGGACGAAUGUUCAAACUGGUUCUAUUUGUUCUUAGUAAGGCAAUCCAAUGGGAAUCCAAGUACUGGUAUAUGAAUGUGUUAAAAAUAAGUUUCAACUGGAAUUCAAACCCAGAGGACCUGUGGCAUAGCAUGCCAGUGGUCUGAUCUCUGAGCUUCUGAGAUUAUAAAUAGACCAAUAUUUACAUGACUAUUUACUUGAUGACACAUGUGAAAUUAGUUGCCAACACCCUGUAAUGAGAUAUAGAGUUGAACUUCAGUAUCUCGAACACUGGUAUCCAAAUAUGGAUAUGUCCAAGUGAUUUAUAAGUCCCAACCACAUAUUUUUUAAGUAUUUUGCCCUCAAUAUCUCAAAUAUCUCGAAGUAUUUAAACAGUCCCAUAUAGUUCUGGGUAACAAAGUUUGAAUACAUGCAACUGGUCAGCAAGGACAAACAUGGUGCAACUAUUCAAUAACAUGCACCAUUAUCAUAAAUACCUGGUACAUAUAUCAUAUUUGAGUACAACACACACACAGCUGUUUCUUUCAAGUUUAUUUAUUUUUCAUUUGAAUAUAAAUUCACAUAUCAAAAUUAGCCAUGAUUAAAUGUGAAGAUGUAUGAUGCAAUCAUUUCAGGAUGAAGCUAGAGAAUAAUCUUUAUUGAUAUCAAAUGCAGAAUCAUUUUGUAUUUUCCUCAUAAGAUUUAUUUUAAUACACUAAGCUAAACCACUCAAAAUACAAUAUUUGUGAACAUAUCAAAAUAUGAUGACUGUAAAUGUAUGUCUUUUCUGUAAUUGCUUCUGUGAAACUCUAUGUCCUUUAAUACAAUUGUAAAAGAUAAAUAAAUUUCUUUACAUCAUGCUUGACAUGAUGACCCUUUAAUUCAAUCUUUAAUGUCUAUAAUUAGCACAGCUUCCAUAUAUUAUCAAUUUUAUAAAAAUAAAUCUUAGUGAAGAAUUUCUUUAGAGAAUUUCAAUUAUUUUGCCAUAUAAUAUGCUGUACCAUAGAUGGAAACCCCUAGUCUGUUUUAUUUACUGGACUACAAUAGGUUUCCAAUGAUGACGCUGUAUAAAUUGAAUUUUACAUUUUACUUCAGUGUUUAUGUACAUAAUUAUAAUGUUUCAAUUCAGAACAGCACAUAUGCACAACAUACAUGAAUACAUUGAAUUAAAAUAAAAACCCACAUUACAUGUGUGUAGAGAAUCAGAAUCAGUUAACAAGACUGAAAUAUAUGACACAUGAUAUAAUAAACUUAUGAUAUUGACAGCAUUUCUUUCAUACAAUGUAUAUUCAUACUGACACAACACAUAACCUCACUGGAAUGACUACCCCAAUGAUAAAUUAUAGGUACAUAGCUGACCUGAGGCAAAUGUAUUUGCCAAUCGUUUCCUUUUAUAACAUGAAAACUAGGUGGUGCAUUAUUAUUUAUCACGUUAAGCCAAAUAUGCAAUGGAGAUCACCCAUGUAAUAAAUUUUUAAUAUUAUACUGAUGACAUCACAAUGAAUUUUUAUGUAUUUCUAUUGAAAUGACAUCGAGAUUUUUUGUAUCAAAAAUCCUAUAAAAUGGUGAUUAAACAUAAAAACAGGAUUUAACAUGAUAAAAAGAAUCUCUCGUGAUUUAUGAUGGUUUACAACUUUUAUCCAAGGCUUGGGUAUAGAAAACUCACAACUCACAUCAUGAGAGAUCCUACCAGCAAAUGUCCUACUCCUACAUCAUUAGUUUUCAGUUUAAAGGUGACAAAGAAUUGCAGAUUUGUUCUUCACCAUCAAUCAAAUCGAGAUACAAAUUCUUAAAAGUUUCAUUUUCUUUUAUACGAUUAUUUUAAUAGCCAUAUGUUUUAAAUUCUCUCACAUUAAUCUUCCUUGAAUUAUUUGCUAAAAAAAGAAGAACAGAUACAAAAUUACUUUUUAUUAUUAUUAAAUAUGAAGUAAUAAAUAAGUACUAUCCUCACCUUAAUCACUUUGUGAUGUUUGUCUAAAAAUAAAUUUUAAAAAAAUUCAGUUCUGUUAGAAAUACAUUGAGAUUGUAUGACAAAAUAUAACCCUGGUACUUAAUGACAUUUGUUGGACAUGAACAAUAUGUUAUAAAACAACAAUGAAGUUU